GAAGUGUCUUUGUCAUGCUAAUGCUUGGGGGGUGAUGGAUGGGCGCUGGGGCUGCCAAACUGUGGCCCGCUGCGCCCAUUGGCCUGAGAGAGAUCACAUGCACCCUUCCACCCCCACUCCCUACCCCCUUCCUGGGGGAGCGCUGGCCCAGGCGAGCUGGGUUAGGCCAUGGAUGCAAGCUUCGGUGCUGUGACAUACUGCCGAAAGGUUGUAGGGCAAGAGGGUGUCUCCCCCAAACGGGCCGACCCUCCUGCGGCCUCCACGCAUGGACUAUAAUAGGAUGAACUCCUUCUUAGAGUACCCACUCUGUAACCGGGGACCCAGCGCCUACAGCGCCCACAGCGCCCCUACCUCCUUCCCCCCGAGCUCGGCUUCUGCUGUUGACAGCUAUGCAGGCGAGACCCGCUAUGGUGGGGGGCUGCCCAGCUCUGCACUGCAGCACAACUCAGGCUAUCUGGCCCAACAGCCACCCUCGGCAUUAGGGGUGCCCUUCCCCAGCUCUGCGGCCUCGGGGUACUCCCCGGCUGCCUGCAGUGCCAGCUACGGGUCUUCUCAGUACUACCCUCUGGGCCAGCUGGAAGGAGAUGGAGGCUAUUUUCAUCCUACAAGUUACGGGGCCCAGCUAGGGGCCUUGUCCUCGGAUGGCUAUGGAACCGCUGGAGUGGGCCCAGGGCCCUACCCUCCACCGCAGCCCCAUUAUGGGAACGAGCAGACAGGGAGCUUUGCACCGGCCUGUGCUGAUCUCCUCUCCGAGGACAAGGAAUCGGCCUGCGCGUCAGAAACGAGCACCCCUACAGCCCAGACCUUCGACUGGAUGAAGGUUAAGAGGAACCCACCCAAGACAGCGAAGGUGUCCGAGCUGGGCCUGGGCGCGCCAGGUGGCCUCCGCACCAACUUCACCACUCGGCAGCUGACCGAACUGGAGAAGGAGUUUCAUUUCAACAAGUACCUGAGCCGGGCCCGGAGGGUGGAGAUCGCUGCCACCCUGGAGCUCAAUGAGACACAGGUCAAGAUAUGGUUCCAGAACCGGCGCAUGAAGCAGAAGAAGCGGGAGCGGGAGGGAGGCCGGGUGCCCCCAGCCCCUCCAGGCUGUCCCAAGGAGGCGACUGGAGACGCCUCCGACCAGUCCACGUGCACCUCCCCGGAAGCUUCGCCCAGCUCUGUCACCUCCUGAACUAAACCUCCCACCCGGGACUCCUCGGCACCAGAGCACCAAGGAGUCCUGUCCAGCUCUCUCCUCUGUUCUCCCUAAUCUCAGCCUCAGCUCGACUAUUUAGCCUGGGGCGCCAGUUCAGAGCUGCCUUUGGGAGGAAUGGGGGACUGCUUUCCUCCAGUCUGGGCAGGGUGCUGAUGGCUGGGGACCCUACCGGACCAGAGGCACGGGAGACCCAACCUGUCUAAUGCGAGGGAAGGGCUUCCCUCUGCCUCUAAUCUGGGGAUCAGCCCUCGGGUAGGGUGGGAGCAAGUCCCAACCUCCCGGGUUCUCUUUUCCCUUCCAACUUCCAUUUGUUCAGUCCAGUGCCUUUGAGCUUCGAGGACUCUCCUCUCCUGCACUCUUAUCCUAACUCCCCCUUCUAGGCCCGGGACAGAGAGAAGGUUUCCUGUGUGGGAGGUAUUUGGGUGCUGGCGUAUGACCAAGGCUUAAUCUCUCUAGUUGCCACAGACCUUACAAUAGCACCAGCUGCCUUGUGACAGACCAAAAAGCUCCCCCCACCACCCCCAUCGAACCCUAUUAACCCCCUCCUGGCACAUUUGUAUUGCACUAGCGGCCUCCAGAGGUUGUUUUCUGAGACCUGUCCCCCCCUCCACCCCCCACCCGCGACUUCAUCUCGAAGCUACCAAAAUGUUUUGGAACUUGGUACUUCAGAGACUUCUGGAAUGUUGUUUGAGGCUGGACCCCAGCAAGCCUCUACCAGGAAGGCGCAGGCUCGCCCCAACUAGUUCCUCCCCUAUUUAUUGCCUCCUGGAAAAGCCAGGACCUUCUUCCUCAUCUCCACCCCCACCCCUGGUGCAGCCCAGGGAGGCCCAGGUGCAGGGAGAGCUCCGACCAGCAUCAAGCAUUUCUCUGAACCUUGGGACAGUGGAGACACCACUCUUUCUGGAAACCUGAGCCCCAAGCAACCGGGUUCUCUCUGUACCUCCAGCUACCUCAUUUCAAUAAAUUCUGUUUUCCCCUCCUCCCGCCUCUUCUGCUCCUCUGUCUAGGGGUAAAGGAGGCUCUCUCCAAGAGCGCUGGGGUGGAGAAAUGAGGAAAG